AUGUUUUCUACGACUUUUGUUUUGAAACGCUGUACUUCCGGCACACAGAGGGGAAGUCUUUCAAGGCUUGCGACAAGAUGGCCACGAUAAGAAUCUUGUCGCUUAUUUUGUCCGUCCUGUCAACUGUAACGCUGUUAUGGACACAAUCUGGCGAAUGCAAUAAUGGUCGAAGAUCAGGAGAUGCGGUGGAUACCGAUUUUAGCGGAUUCUCUGUGCCACUAGAGCACUCAUUUGAAGUGGAUGAUGUCCCCAGAUUUCGCCUUCGCGGUGCCCUGCAAUUAAGGGGUGGAAGAGAAAACAGUGUGUAUCUCUCCCAAAACCAGCUCUCUGAGAAAGACAGGAGUACACUAAAGGAUGUGGCAGCAGUUGACGGUCUGUACAGGAUUCGAGUGCCUAGAGUCUCUCUACAGGUGGAUCGACAGACAGAGAGACAGUCUGAAGGUUACCUUACUACAUUCGUUAGAGCCUGCUCUCUGGUGGAGUCCCACCUCAGUGAUGUCAUCACCCUUCACACUGAUGUCAGCGGAUAUAUCAUUGGCAUUUCCAUAGUAACAAUCCCUGGGUCAUGUCGUGGGAUAGAGGUGGAGGAUGAGGUUGACCUGGAAGUCUUUAACUCAACAAUAAGUGUCGUGGCGCCAGUCACUGCACCUGCACCUGAAACAGCACCCUACAUUGAGAGGAUGGAACAGGAAAUGGAAAAGAAAGGCAAAAACCCACAAGAGCAGAAAUCCUUCUUUGCCAAAUAUUGGAUGUAUAUUGUCCCUCUCGUUCUUUUCCUGAUGAUGUCUGGAGCUCAGGAUCAGUCUGGAGGCGGAGCUGGAGGUGGGGCGGCCAAUGGCGGAGGACGAUGAUUCCCAUGGCAACAAAGACUCCUGUGUUGUACAUAAUAAUUUAAAGCAGAUUUUGAGUUCAAUGACGUGCAUAAUGACACAUACAUUUACAAACGAAGGAUCGUUCUAGAGAGAUAAUGAUUGAAAAACUUAACUUAUAACUGCAUUGUUGGAUUGCGUUUUUACUACUGAUUUAAUAAAAUAAUUUGAUGACCGUUGUUGUCAGCAUGGUUAUU